GUAAUAUCAACAUUAACCUUUUGGUUGUCAUGCUUUUUAUAUAAUAUUAAUUCUAUUUUGUUAAAUUUUGAAUUGAUGAUAAACACAAUUAGAACAAUUAAACUAAAUUCUUAAUAUUGAUUAUUUACUAGUAAUCAAUGCGUAAAAAGUUGUAUUUCAUUCUUUUUAAAGUAAGUUUAAAAAAGAAAUUAGUUAAUUACUGAUAGUUAUUUUAUAUCUCACAGGUUUAUCAUCGUAUUAGUUAUAAAACAAUUUGAUUAUUUGUUUCUGACUUUCAAUCAAUAAAGAAGUGUAACACAGUAAAAAAUUUAAGUAGUAAAUUAUUUUCAAACAACACAAUGUUUAAGAAUGUUGUCAUCAUACUUGGAUCUUCAAAAAAUCAUCAGAAAUCCAUUAUAUCUUGUCUAACAUUCAUUUGCGAACUGCUCAAUGUAGUAUUUUUUGUCAGGCCUGCCAAAAUAUAUAACUCUAUCAUUGAAAAUCAUCUUGAAGAAAUCGAUUAUAGUUUAAAAUAUUACGUAGAGCCAUUUUCUUAUGCAAAUUUAGAGUUAUCUAAAGUCAAGAAUUAUGACUACGUAAAAGAUAUUGUAAAAAAGAAAAUAAUUGAAGAGUAUAAAACAAAUCCAAGUAUUUUUAAAACUACUAUAAGUUCCAUGGAAUACCUAAAGGAAUAUAAAAUUUUUACAAUAGAAUUUCAUCGUGUUGAAACUCCUUUUAUAAUUGGAAUUUGGAUUUUUUUUGCUAGUUUAGCUAAAAUAGGUACCUGUUACCAGGAUACAGUCAUCAUUGUUGUCCUGGUCACCCAUCUCUCAUAUAUAUGAAAGCCUCGCAAACAGCACAGAAAAGGGCAAUCGAUUCGUAGAUGCUUGCUGUCUACAUCCGAGAGCAGAUUCAGUGGGUUUGGCAGAUUCUACAACCUACAUACUGCUAUACUGCUGUUGUCUGUUGUGUCCGGAGUGGAGAAUAAUUGCGUGCCUAUUAUCAGGAUACAUGUAUUAAAUACAUGAUGUAUUUCAAGCAGACCAGAAUUUAAAUUUAUCACUCACAAUUGUUUAGUCGACUCUGUCUGCCGUCCUGUAGCGCAUAACAGACUCCAGUUUAAUGGCUUCUGCGGUUGCAGUUGGUGUUACCAACUAGGUCAAUAUUUGCUGUCAAUAGGAAUUAGAUACACUGCUACUCAACCAAGCCACUGUUUAAGGACAAAAGAAAGUCAUUUGGCUGAUCUGACGUUAGCUUUAGAAAAUAAUAAAACAAUAAGAAGAGUAGAAGGAGAUUCCGUAUUAAGGAAUCUACCAUAUUUUGACAUUGUCUGGUCCUUUUCUUACGAAUAUAUGCACGGAUUUCUUCUUGGAGUGACCCACCAAAUAUUAAAUGAGUGGAAAAGUGGCAAUUCACCAUUUAAAAUAAAAAAGAAUAUGAUUGAGAUGAUCGAGAAACGAUUUUUGACCAUUACACCUAAUAAAGAAAUUCACCGACUUCCAAGGUCAGGGAUAAUUGUUGGUUCCAGCAAAGCAAAAGCUAGUGAACUACGUUCUUGGCUUUUUUGUUACAGUUUACCCUGUUUAUCAGGAACUUUGCAACCAGAAACUUUGGAUCAUUAUUCUUUAUUGGUAAACUCAUCGUGCACUCUUUUAAAAUCACAAAUUACAGAAGAUGUAUUAAAAAUUUGUGAAAAUGAUUUACUGACAUUUGUAGUGCACUAUGAAAUGUAUUAUGGAGAAACAUCCAUGAUUUUCUACAUUCACACGCUUCUCCAUAUUUGUAAAUCCAUUAGAAAAACGGGAUUAUUGUGUACAAAUUCAGCUUUUCCGUUUGAAAGCAACAUCUACACUUUAAAAACUUUUGUUAAUGGACCAAAUGGCAUGGACAGGCAAAUGGCUCGUAAAAGCCUUGAUGUUUAAGACUGGUGACAUUACAUCUAAUUCUGAAAAAAAUUCAAGAGAUGCUGUAAGUAAAAAAAUUGAAGCUGGAAGAGUUAAAUUUCCUAAGAUGGAUUGGGCUUCGGAAUAUACUUACGUGACUCCUGAAAGAAAUACAUUUUCGCUUGAGAGUAAUGAACAAGACGUAUCAAAUGCUAAUAAUAAGCCAGAAAUUUUCAGUAAUGGAAUCAUCAGCGAUGAUUCUCAAUCUGAUGGAGAAAAUGAAGAUGAUGACUAUAUCUAUUUAGGAUUAGAUGUCUCAGUAGACAAAGAAAUAUGGAGAGAAAUGAAUAAGAGCAAACCUAAAAAUUCUACGAUCUUUUUGAGAGACUUAAUGGAACUUAUAUGGCCUGAAAACGAACUAAAAAAUAAAUGUCUUAAAUUACAUCUUACCUCGUUUCGAUACGCUGGGGAAGAAAGAAUGGAGCCAGAUCGAAUGCAAUUACUCAAAGGAUUUCACAUGGCACCAAAAUUUAGCAAAAUAUUUCCAGAAUCAUGUUUGUUAAUAGUCGUAGGAGUCGUAAUUGGAUUAUUUUUAUUUCAAAUAAACAACGUCCAUAUGUCACCAUUAACACCAGAUACUUUCUUCUUAUACAUGUUACCACCAAUUAUAUUAGAUGCUGGAUAUUUUAUGCCAAACAGAUUAUUUUUUGAUCACUUAGGAACUAUACUACUAUUUGCAGUUAUUGGAACAAUAUUCAAUACUCUAUCAAUUGGUUUUACGUUGUGGUUAAUAGGAAGAAGUGGCUUUUUCUCUUGCGAAACUCCAAUACUUGAUAUGCUCCUUUUUGCAGCUCUUAUAAGUGCCGUAGAUCCUGUCGCAGUUCUAGCAGUUUUUGAAGAAAUUCAUGUGAACGAAAUAUUGUAUAUUGUAGUAUUUGGAGAAAGUUUACUUAAUGAUGCAGUAACAGUAGUAUUGUACCAUAUGUUUGAAGCCUACAGUGAAAUGGGACAUCAUAGAAUUUCAUAUUCUGAUAUAUUAUCUGGUUUAGCAUCUUUUUUUGUUGUGGCCAUUGGUGGUACUAUUAUUGGAGUGAUAUGGGGCUUCACGACUGGAUUUGUAACACGAUUUACAAACCAAGUUCGUGUUAUUGAACCAAUUUUUAUUUUCGUGAUGGCGUACCUAGCAUAUUUAACUGCUGAAAUCUUUCACAUGUCAGGAAUUUUAGCGUAAGUAUUUAAUUUUUACUAGAAUUUUCAUAUUUUGAAAAUGUUUUUACUUAUAAUAAGCAAAAAUUUUAAAGGAUUUCUAGCGCGAUUUGGAUUAUGACUUUUGAAUAUAUCUAAGGAAUUAUUUUGUAUAAAAUUAUAUUGCAAAUAUCUAAGUAUUAAAAAUUAAGAAAAUUGUUUUGCAAAAUUUUCCAGAAAAACUUACUUUUUAUGUCAUUUUCUUCCUUUUACUAUUAUCGAAUGUUUUAAAUAUACCUAUUGAAUUGUAUGAAGUUUUGCCUAUCGUAAUUAAAAAAUUGUAAAUAAUGUCACAAAUAUUAAUUUGCACAAAUACUAAUUUUAAAUACAUUAUUUAUGUAACUUACUAUAACACUGCUGCAAGGAUUAUUUACUAUUGUUGGAAUUUACGAAAUGAUUGAAAAAUUCUUAUCUCUGCAUUUCAUAGUGUAGCACGAUGAAUGAUAUUUUCAAAUAGUUAAUACACGCUGUGUGUAGAAAUAUUCAAGAGCUUAGAUUAAACGAUUUGUUUUUAAAAUAGUAUAUUAUAUUAAAUCUGUAUUAAUGCGAGAUUUUUGAAACCUUAACUGUUUUUGAAGCAUUCUGCAACUAUACUUAAUAUGCAAUAAGAAUAUGAAAGUAUAUAUUUGGAGAUCGUUCUCCUUAUUUUAUACUUGACGCG